AUGGAAGAGUUAAAAUUAUUAGAGAAGAAAAAUGUAGAGAAAACAAGAUACAUCCAUAUAUCACACAAUGUUAUUGCAGCAUUAAAUAUUUUGAAGAGAGCAAAGAAUGUGCAAGAACUUUGUGUUACUUGUUGUUUAUUAUCUGUAUUUCCUUUUACAAAGCCUUUGAAGUAUCUGAUUAAAUUAAAUCUUGGAAAUGAUUUUACUCAAGAAAAUUUUCCAACAUUAAAAUAUCUAGAUUUAACUGACAAUCUUAUAACAAAUUUGAGAUCAAUGGGAUCAUUUCAUACAUUACAAGAAUUUUAUUGUGGAAAUAAUGAAAUAAGAAAUAUAUCACAAAUAGAUAACGUUAAAACUUGGCAAACAUUGCAUGUUAUUGACUUUUGCAAUAAUCCAAUAAAUACAACUACAUUAUAUAAAAAAUUUAUUAUAUUUCACUUAAACAACAUUGAAUAUAUUUCUGGAGAAUAUGUAAGGAAAUCUGAUAUUUCUGAAGCAAGGUAUAUAUUUGGGAAUAAAUUUGACAAGUAUGUAUUAAAUAAAAUAUAUGAAACAGAUCACCUUACAAAUAUUAUACAAUUGAGUUUAACUGAUUGCUCUUUGUCAAAAGUGGAUCUUUCUGCAAAAAUUUUACCACGGUUAGAAAGUUUAGAUCUAAGUAAAAAUCGAAUAACUUCUUUAUGUGGUCUCCAUUCCUUUAAAUAUUUACAUACAUUAUGUUUAAGUUACAAUUGUCUUGAAGCAUUUAAUGAUAAUGAUUGUGAAAAUAUAUGUAUAUUCUCGAAACUAUACACUUUAUUUUUAGAUCAUAAUUGCAUCAAGUCAGUACUAAAUAUCACUAAAGAAAAAUUACCAGUGAUUAAACAUCUAUUUUUAAACAAUAAUUAUCUUCAAGACAUCAGUGAAAUAACCCACUGUUCUACUUUGAAAUCCUUAACUUUGGAUAACAAUGCUAUUGAGAUAUUAAAUGUAAAAGAUUUUAUUCAAAAUGAUAAUCUGGAGUUUUUAUCUGUUGAAAAUAAUAAACUAACAUCUUUGGAAUUUAUAAAAUCAUUUAAAAAAUUAAGGAAACUUUAUAUUGCUCACAAUUGUUUAGCAAAUGAUAGUGAAAUACAACAUUUAUUAUUACUGAAAGAUUUAGAAGAAAUAACAUUCGAAGGAAAUCUUUUAUAUAAUGAAAUAAAUAGAAAUAAAAUAAUUGCUCGAGAUUUUGGGAUUCAAAAUGCAAUAAACGAGGAUGUUUAAUUUAAAAAUAAUAAUGUUUAUAAAGAUGUUAUUUUUUAUAUUGCAUUAAUUAAAUAUCAAUGUUUUGAAUGUGAACUUCAUUAAUUAAUUAAUCCAGAAUAAUUUUUAGUAACCUUAAAUGAAACAAUUACACAACUCAAAUAUACUGUUUUGAUAAAUUUAAUUGUGAUAAUAUAUAUGUAUACAUAAAGUAAUUACAUAUUCUUAUAAUAGUGUUUAUAUUUACUAAUAUUAUGAAUGAAUUUUCAUGAAUGAAUUUGCUUUCAUUGUACAUAAUCUUCACUCUCAUGUUUACAUUGUAAUCAGGUGGAAUGUAGUUUGUGUGUAGUUUUUAUGCAAAGAUCAUGACUAUAUAACCUUAGUUACGACUUAUUCAAAAUAAAAAUAAAUGGAGCUAGAGACAAUACUACGAAAAUGUGCAGCAACGAAUAAAUCAGAAGUAAAUUCUGAAGAAAAUGAAGAAAAAGAGGAUGAAUAUUUUCAAAAGAUAUACGAACAAUGGAAGGGGGCCAAAGCAAAAGAUAAAGAUUUAACUUAUAAAGUGAUACCUAAAUUUUAUUUUAAGCUGCCGAAGGAAGAUGAAAUUUUGCCACAAAAAUUACGAGAAGAAACACGAGCGUUAUUUUUGCAAAGACGUUCACGACAAUUGCUAGAUAAUAAUGAACUUAAAGCAUUAUGGGUAUUGUUAGAUAAACAUCAUAGUCCACCUCUAUCAGGAGAAGAGCAAUUAAUUAAUUAUGAAGAUUUUAAAAAAGUUGGUAAAUUAGCUGGGACAAAAUGCAGUCCUUAUUUUACUGCAGUUGUAUUUGCAAAACUGCAACAAGGUGAUCCUCAUGGUAGGAUUAGUAUAAUGGCGCUAUUUAAUUAUGUUAUGAGAAAGGUUUGGUUACACCAAACAAGGAUUGGACUUUCUUUAUAUGAUGUUACUGGUCAGGGAUAUCUUAGAGAAUCAGAUUUAGAGAACUAUAUUUUAGAAUUAAUACCAACAUUACCUCAGCUUGAAGGACUUGAAAAAUCAUUUCAUUCAUUUUAUGUUUGUACAGCAGUAAGGAAAUUUUUAUUUUUUCUUGAUCCCCUUAGAACUGGUAGAGUUAGAAUACAGGAUAUUCUAGCAUGUAGUUUUCUCGAUGACCUCUUAGAAUUAAGAGAUGAAGAUUUACCUAAAGACUUGCAAGAAGCAAAUUGGUUUUCAGCACCAUCAGCUCUUAAAGUUUAUGGGCAGUAUUUGAAUCUUGAUAGAGAUCAUAAUGGAAUGCUCAAUAAAGAAGAACUUGCAGGGUAUGGUACAGGAACGUUAACUGGAGUAUUUUUAGAAAGAGUGUUUCAGGAAUGUUUAACUUAUGAAGGAGAAAUGGAUUAUAAAACAUAUCUAGACUUUGUGUUAGCGUUGGAAAAUCGACACGAACCACAAAGUUUACAUUAUUUAUUUAGAAUUCUUGAUAUUAAUAAUCGUGGUUAUUUAGAUACCUUCUGUCUUAAUUAUUUUUUCCGUGCCAUACAAGAGCAAAUGACAAUGCAUGGUCAAGAACCAGUAAGUUUUGAAGAUGUUAAAGAUGAAAUAUUUGAUAUGGUAAAACCAGCAGAUCCAUGUAAAAUUACAUUACAAGAUUUAUUAUCCUGUGGACAAGGUGAUACAAUGGUCAGUAUUUUGAUAGAAUUCCAUGGCUUUUGGGCGUAUGAAAAUCGUGAAGCUAUGGCAGCUGAUACUGGAGAUGAAUCAUCUCACGUUUAAGAGAUAAAGCUGCAUAAAGUGUAGCAUAUUUCUAUCAGAUUAAAUCUUUUCCUAAAAUUAAGCACAAAAAUGUUCAAGUUCGUUCAACGAACAACACUUAUAAUAGUUUAAUAAAAAAUAGUUUAAUAAAAAAAA